UCCCUCCAAUGGGCUGUGCUGCCUGGCGCGGGGGGCGGGCACCGGGGUCGAGGGUAGCUUGAGCGCGGCGGCGGCGUUGUUCAGUCAGAGCGAGAACAUUCCAGAGGUCGCCAGGCCCCGGGCGCUGAAGGGUGUGGACCCCGGACGUCGCUGGGACAGCCCCUCCCCGCUGCUCGCCGGCGCCUGCCCGGCCGCUGCUCUUCUCCGCCGCCCCUCCUCGGACUCGGGUUCACGCGCGCCUCACUUCAUCCCAGUCCCGGGCGAGCAGCGUUGGGUUUAUGUCUUUAUUUGACGAAAACGAGCUGUUGCGCAGCCAUUGGUACCUGUAUUGGGAAAACAUAGCGUACAAGCAAGGAGCUUACAGCCUCAGUGGCGAAAACUUUUUCAUGUCAGAGACCGAGAACUCUUGCAGUCGUUUAUGUCAUCCCUUCUUCUCCAGACAGAAGAUACCAAAAAGUUGCAAUCAAAGAGCUCUUCAUCUUAUUGAUAAAGCUACUAAUAAGCCAAAAUGUCUGUCAACGUCAACCGCAGCGUGUCAGACCAGUUCUAUCGCUACAAGAUGCCCCGUCUGAUUGCCAAGGUUGAGGGCAAAGGAAAUGGAAUCAAGACAGUUAUAGUCAACAUGGUUGACGUUGCAAAGGCGCUUAAUCGGCCUCCAACGUAUCCCACCAAAUAUUUUGGUUGUGAGCUGGGAGCACAGACCCAGUUUGAUGUUAAGAAUGACCGUUACAUUGUCAAUGGAUCUCAUGAGGCGAAUAAGCUGCAAGACAUGUUGGAUGGUUUCAUCAAGAAAUUCGUUCUCUGUCCUGAGUGUGAGAACCCUGAAACGGAGCUGCAUGUCAAUCCAAAGAAGCAAACGAUAGGUAAUUCUUGUAAAGCCUGUGGUUACCGAGGCAUGCUUGACACACACCAUAAACUCUGCACGUUCAUUCUCAAAAACCCGCCGGAGAAUAGUGAUAGUGCUGCAGGAAAGAAAGAGAAGGAAAAGAAAAACAGGAAGGGCAAAGACAAGGAGAAUGGCUCCGUGUCCAGCAGUGAGACGCCGCCACCACCACCGCCGCCAAGUGAAAUGAGUCCCCCUCCACAUGCUGACGAGGAAGAAGAAGAUGAUGACUGGGGGGAGGACACAACUGAGGAAGCUCAAAGACGCAGGAUGGAUGAAAUCAGUGACCACGCAAAAGUUCUGACACUCAGUGAUGAUUUGGAAAGGACUAUUGAAGAACGGGUCAACAUCCUGUUUGAUUUUGUUAAGAAAAAGAAAGAAGAGGGCAUUAUUGACUCCUCUGACAAAGAAAUUGUUGCCGAAGCAGAAAGACUAGAUGUAAAAGCUAUGGGCCCUCUUGUUUUGACAGAAGUUCUUUUUAAUGAGAAGAUUAGAGAACAGAUUAAGAAAUACAGGCGCCAUUUUCUACGAUUCUGUCACAACAACAAAAAAGCUCAGCGGUACCUUCUUCAUGGUUUGGAGUGUGUGGUGGCAAUGCAUCAAGCUCAGCUCGUCUCCAAGAUCCCACAUAUCUUAAAGGAGAUGUACGACGCGGACCUUCUGGAGGAAGAGGUCAUCAUCAGCUGGUCGGAGAAGGCCUCAAAGAAAUAUGUCUCAAAAGAACUUGCCAAAGAGAUUCGUGUCAAAGCAGAACCAUUUAUAAAGUGGUUGAAGGAAGCAGAGGAGGAAUCCUCUGGUGGUGAAGAAGAAGAUGAAGAUGAGAACAUUGAGGUGGUGUAUUCGAAGACUGCCAAUGUGCCGAAAGUUGAAGCUGUGAAGUCUGAUAACAAGGACGAUGACAUUGAUAUUGAUGCCAUUUAAAGGGGUGGGUGCAGCCCAGCUUAACUGUAAUGCUGAGAAUCUUUCUGCAUCAUCAGCCAGAAGUGCAACAUGUAUGUGCAAAAGCUUAAAAGGCUUAACAUCAUGCUACACUUUCUGCUAAAAAAUGUGUUGCCGUGAGUGGUCUGUAAUUAAGCCCAACAAGAUAUCUCGGGAGUCCAUACACAUAUCAGUGAGCAGAUGUAGUUUGCUUAUUUAUAGCAUGUUUCUUUUUGAAAAAUUAGUGGUGGACACAUUUGGAUCACAUUUAUACAGUUAUAAAAAUAUUUGAUUUCAGUCAUUCUUAGGAUUUUUUGGCUCUGAAUGACUUAAGCUGAAACAAUUAGCUCCUUUAAAAAGCAUUGUACUAUCAUUUAACUGGAUAGAGUUCUUGGAGCCUGUUAGAAACUGCUAGGUGCUGAGACGGUAAAGAGGUCUCUAGCAGAAUGUAAACAUACACUUACUUGUAAUUACCUUAUUCAGCUAUUAAGAAAUACAGGACUUUCUAAUCUCGAGUCCCUCAAAUUGGCAUCUGGUAAUGUACAUUCUUACCUGCCAGGGUGGACAGUGCGACACCUUUAUCUUACUAAGAGAGAAGGACCUCAGUGUCCUAUAAAUUUUAAGAGCAGGUUUUUAAAACUUGAAAAAAAAAUAUUUUUUUUUUCUGGUUUGCAUAUGCUUGCCCCAAAUUGUAGUCUUUGAAGUCAUGUGCAUUGCAAGUUGGAUGAGCCAGGGGAGUUACUCCAUUAAUAAAUAAGUGUUUUAUGUGUAUGUGGCUGUUGCUUUGUGCUGAGAGAAAACUCUCAGCUUUGGGAUAUGAUUAAACAGUAAAUUCUAUGAUUUUAUUUGGGGGAAGAAGUAAAGAGUGCACUUAAUCCCUAGCAAAAACCAUACUUUUUCAACUUUUAUGCUUAAUGGUUUAAAUUACAAUUUCAAAGUGUUUAGACAUAUUGUGUAUUUUUGUUCAGUGUGGGUUUUUCCCAAUCCUGGGGCUUAUUCUUUAAUGUCUUACAUUUGAACACGUAGGUUUUUGUUGCUAUCUUGCCGAAGUAAGUGUUGCUAUGUCUCAAACUUGAUUAUUAUAAUUAUUUUACAAAAUGUCUUAUUUAAAAAGAAAACUAAAAUUGUACUUCUAAGUCAGCCUAUAGUUUGGUGGGAGACUUGGGGUGUCUUUUGUUUCACAUUGAAUAUAAUCAGACACUCAUGGAGUCUUGGUGAUGGCCACUGAAUACAGGUGACUAGGGCUUGGCCCAGCCCAUCCUGAGCUUUAGAUUUAGAAAUAGCUUCCUUUUGAAUUCUGCCCAAUUAGCUGAUCUGAACUUACUUGUAAUAGAUUCUGGCCAUAUCUUAGAAAUCAUUUUCAAAGUAAAAAAUUGUUUCAUUUAUUCCUUUUCAUUAAAAGUGCACUGUGGAAAUCAAGAACCAUGGGGGGGUAGUUUUAAUUUGGGGCACAGGCUUACAUCAUUCACCUCUGUUUGUGAUCAAUCUCAGAUUAUAAUGAGACCUUAACAAAUGUAUGUAAAAAUUUUUCACAUUGAAAUUAUACAAACAUUUGAUACAAUAAAACCUUGUUAGCUUGGUAUUUUAAGAAAUUAAAAUCUAGUGAUUUUACUGGAGAGGUAUGAAUUGGUCUCCAGCUGUCUUUUGAUCAAUUUUGAUGAGAGUGAAGCAGAAGCUGUAUACCUGGAGGGAAUGUGCUUUGUCACACCAAAGAAAAGAGGUUUUUGCAAAUUCUCAUCUCACCUAGGUUCUAAACUGUUUGCCACAGGCCAGUUUGCUCUCAUUAUUUGAAAUUCUACAGGAGAUGUUGGUGGCCUGGGUCAAGUUGUGUUCAAUAUACAUAGUGGCAAGCUAAUGAGGUUCUGUUAUAGAAGUUGAUUUCCUUUUUUUUUUUUUUUUUUAAUCUGAAGGAAAGGCUGUUCAGGGCUUCUAAACAUUAAAGAAAACUUUGACUUAGACCUGUGUUCAGUCUGGUGCCAAAUUUCCAAUAGAUUUAAAUCCACGUAAGAAUUUUAUUCACAGAGGCUAUCCUCAUAGAGUAAUCCUUCACUUUGUUCCAUUCAACUGUCUUAAAGUUUCCUGUUUCAAACAGCUACAUUACUUGAUUAAAACAAUAUUAAAAUUA